UGCGUUUGGCUUAUCACGUUCCACCAUUUCGACAUGUGCCUGGGGCUCGCUGGUGGGCUGGUCCUGGUCCGCCUGCGCCCAGAGAUUUUCUUUUGCCGUUACCCUCCGGAUAUAAGUUCGACGGCUGGCCGUGUCCGACGUGGCCUGCAUCGUGUGUGACGCCUUCAUCACGGUCAACUCGAGCUUGCUCCCCCUCCCCUCCCCCUCCUCCUUUAGGAGUAUCCCAGGACGUCUCAAGCUCGCUUCUCGCGUCCACCCCUCCGUCGUCAAUUGCCCGGACCGUCGAGCCUCGAGUCGACUGGUCAUCCGACGACGCCAAAAUGACCGACUUUGGCCUUCGUGCUCCCCAUGGGCCCGACAUGUCGGGUACCCAUAACCCUCUCGAGGAUAUGGACAUCCACGAGAAGGGUGCCUUCGACGAGCUCAUUCGCCCCGAUGACAGCUACACGCCGGAUGGCACGUAUUGGGCGGACUUACCCCUCGUGAAGCGGAUCAAGUUCGUCGGAUCAUACGAUGCUGCAGAAGCCAAGCGUGAACUCAGUGAGAUCUGGAAGAUGACAAAAGAGGAUCCUCUGUCUCCGAUAUCGUAUUAUUUCCGAAACAUGGUGCUUCCUGGUGCUGGUCUAGGUCUGGAAGGUUACGUGCUAUUCUCGAUUGGAAACAUCAAGCCUCUGUUUGAGGCCUCCUUUAAGUCCUGCUGGGAUGAACAUCAGACCUGCAACCAGCAAUGGAUCAACGCGGUCGACUACCUCGAGAUUGUCGGUAUCAUUAUGGGUCAAAUCUUGGUCGGAAUCAUCGGUGAUUGGCUUGGUCGUCGAUGGGGUCUUAUCCAAGACGCUUCGAUCAUGUUGCUGGGUUUGAUCAUGCUUACCGCUGCAUGGGGUGUCACCGAGAACGGCUGGAUCAUCUGUUACGCUUGGUCAUUAUUCGUCUAUGGCGUUGGUGUCGGCGGUGAAUACCCAAUGACUGCCACUAGCGGUAUGGAGAAUGCCGUUGGCUCUGGAAAGGUCUCGACCAAGGAGGAUCGCCUUCACCGUGGCCGCAAGGUCACCAGUGCGUUCCUGAUGCAGGGUUGGGGUCAAUUCUUCAACCAGGCUAUCCUGAUCAUCCUGCUGUUGAUCUUCCACCACGGUAGCGGUAACCCACCGUACUCUACGGUGGCUACCCAGUGGACCUACCGUAUCUCUUUCGCCAUUCCCGCCGUCGGCACCUUGUGGCUUGUGUACUACCGUGCCUACCAUAUGAAGGCAGCUAGCAAGCAGCUCGCUGCUGCUAAGAAGAAGGCGUCUGUUACUGGCUACGAUGUCAACUCUCUGAAGCUGACUUUUCGGUAUUUCGGUUUCCGCAUCAUCGCUACGGCGGGUGGCUGGUUUGCCAACGAUGUAUUCUUCUACGGCAACAAGCUCUUCAGCUCCGAGUUUAUCAAGGUUUUGAGCCCUGGCAGCAAUUCCAUUAUGCCGACUUGGCUCUGGAGUCUGUGCAAUAUCGGAGUGUCGUUGGCUGGUUACUACUGCGCCUCCUUCUUCGUUGACAACAAGCUUUACGGUCGCAAGUGGAUGCAAAUGAUCGGCUUCCUCAUGUGCUUCAUCCUUUUUGUCAUCCCCGCUUUCCACUACCACUAUUACAUCCAGCCGGAGAACAUCCACGCUUUCCAGGCGAUGUAUUUCCUGAGUUCCUUCUUCAACCAGUUCGGCCCCAACUCGGUCACUUUCUUGGUGGCUGCGGAGGUGUUCCCGACUCCCAUCCGCGCUACAGCCCACGGUCUCUCCGCCGCUUGCGGUAAGAGCGGUGCGCUCCUGGCAUCCGUCUUGUACAAUUACAUCGACACCCAAACCAAGUUCUACGUUGUCCCUUGGUUUGGACUUGCUGGCAUGCUCCUGACUUUCGUUUUCCUUCCGGAUACCACCGGUCUUGACCUUAAGGAGCAAGAGCGUCGCUGGCAAUACAUCCGCGAUGGCCGCGAGAGUGACUACCACGGACCCGCUAUCCACGCCAAGCACCUCUCUCUCUGGGAGCGCUUGACGGGCGUUGGCAAGCACUACGACGCCGAACUCGACUACAAGCAGAAGGUCGAGGAAUACCGUGCCGAGUGGGAGGCUGCCAUGACUGCUCGGAUCUCCGAGAACGAAAAGGGUGAGGACUUCGUGCAAGAUACGGAUGACUCCCUCCUCGAGGGCCAUGUCCACGCAUACUUCCACCGUACCAGCCCCAUGUUCCGCCCGAUGGAGCAGACUGCCACCAAGACGGACAAUUUCGCCCUUCCCCCGGCUGCGCAAGAUUCCUCCACGGAGUCAUAUAAUGAAAAGUCCGAACUAUAAACAUGGCGUCUUUUUGGGUCUUUUUGGGUCUUUUUUUUUUUUUUUCUUGGGAAGCG